UUCUUUUUUUCCUUCGGUGGAGGCCAUGAUGGGAGCCUGAGAGUUCAGCUGGAGAGAGAGGAGACAGAAAAAGAAGAUGAUUCCCCGGGACGGAACUGUCAAACCAAUCCCCGCAGAUUUAUAGCCUUUGUAUAGUCUAUAUACAUUUAAGGUGGAGCCUGUCACUUUUUUUCAGAUGUGUUCUUGGCAAUCAGUCGAUGACAAUGUUGAAUCGUUAGGAGCCUUUUGGAUCGAAAAAGGAGGUAGCAUUAGCUAUUGUUGCUAGCUAGCUGCUAGCUAGCUGGUUAGCUAGCCUGCUAGCUACGUCUAAGUGACUGGAUACGGGUUUCGGGAACCGGUGAGUUCUCCGUCCUCUCGCUGUCCAUCGCGGCGGCUGCGAUUGGGCCAUCGACUUGGACCGUGUCUGGCAUGUAAAGGCCUUUCGUGAGGACAACUGCAUGUGUUUUAUACGGAGGUGUUUGCAAGACGAAUUGCAGGAUUGGGAAAGUCGGGCCUGCACAGAGGAGCGGAGCGAGGCCCGUCUUUAUGAUCCAGAGGAAACCUUUCUAAUCCUAUCGACUGCCACCGCUAGCUCUGCUGGCUAGCCCGUCUCUGCGAGGACCUGCAAAAUUCAAAGAGCAGCGAGCACAGCUACAGACUGCGACACACACGACUAGACCACAAAUAUUAGAAAAAACUGUUUUCACCAUUAAAGCCACAUAAACUCUUGUCACCUGCUACAAUGGCUGCGAUUAUAAAAGAAAUGGUCAGCCGGAACAAAAGGAGAUAUCAAGAGGAUGGGUUCGACCUGGACUUAACAUAUAUCUACCCAAACAUAAUUGCGAUGGGAUUUCCAGCAGAGAGACUCGAAGGCGUGUACAGAAACAAUAUAGAUGACGUUGUAAGGUUUCUUGACUCUAAGCAUAAAAACCAUUACAAAAUCUACAACCUCUGUGCAGAAAGACACUACGAUGCUGCCAAAUUUAACUGCAGAGUUGCACAGUACCCCUUCGAAGACCACAACCCUCCUCAGCUGGAGCUAAUUAAGCCGUUUUGUGAAGACCUGGACCAGUGGCUCAGUGAGGAUGACAAUCAUGUGGCGGCCAUCCACUGUAAGGCUGGGAAAGGCCGCACUGGAGUGAUGAUCUGCGCUUAUCUCCUCCAUCGCCGCAAAUUCCUGGAGGCCCAAGAAGCACUUGACUUUUAUGGCGAAGUCAGGACAAGGGACAAGAAGGGAGUAACGAUCCCAAGCCAACGCCGCUACGUCUACUACUACAGCUACUUACUGAACCACCAGCUUGAGUACAAGCCGGUGGCGCUGCUCUUCCACAAAAUGGUGUUCGAGACUCUCCCUAUGUUCAGCGGGGGCACCUGCAGGGACAGUACCGUUAAAAACAGGAGCGAGCCGACCCCUCAGGGCUUCAAGAAAGGGAAUUGGCAUUGGGAUCCCCAGUUUGUGGUGUACCAGCUGAAAGUGAAGAUUCACACGUCGAACCCUGCUCACACACGGCGUGAGGACAAGCACAUGUUUUUCGAAUUCCCCCAGCCGCUGCCAGUGUGCGGAGACAUUAAAGUGGAGUUCUUCCAUAAACAAAAUAAGAUGAUGAAGAAGGACAAAAUGUUUCACUUCUGGGUGAACACAUUCUUCAUCCCUGGACCAGAGGAAAGUGGGGAGAAGAUGGAGAACGGGACGGUGGCAAACGAUGUGGACAGCCUAUCAAGCCAGCAGGCAGGACCGGGCCAGGGCCAGCAGCAGAGCGCCGAGCGCAGGGACAGCAGCAGGGAAAGCGACAGGGACUACCUCAUCCUGACGCUCACUAAGAAUGACUUAGACAAGGCCAACAAAGAUAAAGCUAACCGCUACUUCUCUCCAAACUUCAAGGUGAAGUUAUACUUUACAAAAACGGUGGAGGAGCCUUCAAAUUCAGAGGCAAGCACCUCGACAUCUGUCACCCCGGACGUUAGCGACAAUGAGCCAGACCAUUACAGAUACUCUGACACCACUGACUCUGACCCGGAAAAUGAACCUUUUGAUGAAGAGCACCACACACAAAUCACGAAAGUGUGAACUCUUUUUAAAAACAGGAAAAGAAGAAAUUAUACAGCAGAAAAAAAGGAGAAAACUUGAAUAUAAACUCAAAAGAAGAACCUUUGUCCCUUCCCUCCCCCAGAUGGCAAUAGAAUAUCAUCAUGUCAAAUGCCAAUUUUAGGGAAAAAAAAGAUAAAUAUCCUGACCAAUAUAUUGUUUUUUUAUUUUUCUUUUUUUUUUCUUUGGCACGGCCAUGUACCAUGUGCGAGGUAUUGACACUGUUGCCCCAUGGGAAAAGGUGCUGUAGCUAUAAAAAUGUGUUUAUAUAUAUAUACAUACGUAUAUGUAUAUACAUAUAUACAUGCAUAUAUAAACAAACUUUUUUGUGUCAAAGACAAUGGAAAGAGUACCACAAUCAGGAGACGGGAGUUGAAGUGUGGGAGAAGUUAGAAUGAUAUACUAGGACUAUGCUGCUCCUUCUCCUGUCUAAACCAAGGCCAGUGCUGCAGUCACUUUGUUUCACUCCCUCUUCUCCUCCUCCCCCUUCUCCUCUCAUCUUUUACUCUCCCUCCCCUCCACCCCCCAUCCUUCCUAUCCUCCUUUACUGUGAAUGCUUCUUGUGCUCUUUGCAGGCUGUCUCACGUGACUUUUGGCCUUUGUGCAGUGCAAACUGCAUGCGGGCAGUGGGUUGGGGGUGGGCGGGGUUAUGAAGAGGCUGUGAUGAUGUCUAAAGCAUUGCCAUUCCUGUUCCCACUGUGUAUACGUUAAAUUAUGCAGAACAAGGCAUCCCAUGUAAUUGUUAAUGUUUUUUUUAUCCUAAGAUAAUAAAAAUAUAAUACACAAAACAGCAGGGAGACAAGUGUUUGCAAUAAUGUCAACACUACAUUUAAAGGACAAUGGUGAUUUGCAUGUAUUGGAAUUGGCGUCCAUCCCUAAUAAAUGUAUGCAAUGUUGUCUUUUCUUAAAGAAA